UACUAGGUUACAUCACUCUUGAUAGUGAAUAUGGAGUUCUCCAGUUACAUCCAAAGAUUCUUCUUCUCUCUAUCUUUCUCUAAUUCUUAGCCAUUAACAUUUAGCCAUAGAGAGUGUGUGAGAGUUCAAGUUUCAUUGAAUAGGGAUAUACAGAGCAAAAAUCUCUGAAUAGAAGGAGGAUAUGGGGGUGAUAAAGGCAGCCAUUGGAGAUGCAAUCUUGACAUCAAUAUGGGUUUUUGGUAUCUCAACUUUGAGGAUUCUUACAGCUAAGAUAGCUCUUUUUCUUGGUCUUCAACCUGUUUCACUUGUUGGCCUUUUCAUCACCACAACUCUAAGCACCUUUAUGGUCUUCACAAUAAGCUUAAUUGGCAGGGCCUUGGGUGGUGCUAGCUUCAACCCAUCAACCACUGUUUCCUUCUACACUGCAGGGCUAAGACCUGAUUCAUCUCUUGCAUCAAUGGCUGUUAGAUUUCCUGCUCAAGCAGCAGGUGGAGCUGUUGGUGCCAAGGUUACCUUGCUAGUGAUGCCAACCAAAUACAAGCACAUGCUGAAAGGGCCUUCCUUGAAGGUGGACUUGCACAAAGGAGCUAUAGCAGAAGGGGUGUUAACUUUUACUCUUAACUUAGUUAUCCUCUUUGUCAUGCUAAGGGGUCCUAAAAACCCACUAUUGAAGGUGUAUUUGAUUGCUUUGGCAACUGUGGCUUUGGUUAUUCCAGGUUCUGGGUACACUGGGCCUUCUAUGAACCCAGCCAAUGCCUUUGGAUGGGCCUAUGUGAACAACAAGCAUAACACUUGGGAGCUAUUUUAUGUGUAUUGGUUAUUUCCUUUUAUAGGGGCUAUCUUUGCUGCUUUGGUCUACCGGUUUCUAUUUAUGUCACAAACCAAGAAGAAGAAAGCUUGAGAGAGCACAAUUAGUUAAGCUUUUCUACAUGUUAAUUUAUGUCAUACAUUCUUGCUUCUCCUCCUUCUUCCCUUGUCACUUAGAAAUCUCUUGCUUGCUUUAAUUAAUGUUGAAGCUUCCUCCUGGGACAUAUUGUGGUUUUGAU